ACGCCAACUGCCGUGAACUAUUCCACUACUUUGGGUCUUCAAGGUACCCGAUACCGUGGAUAUGGUAUAUGUAUCUUUCUACAAGGUUUUUGAAUAGUCUUCAGGGCCGUCUGUGCUAUUUUUUGUAACAUCGUCCGAGGUUACUCUUCCCCCCUCCACGUAUAUGCAAGCCACUCCAGUUUCGUCAAUCGGUGUCCAUAUUGAUUGGUAGGUGCCUAAGCGGGUAAUCAUUUUUCUCAAUUCUGCUAUGUGACUAGGAUCUAAUAUGUUUCCGUCCUGUUGGCCAUCGCUUAUUCCUUGUCGUGGUAUCAAGAAGAACAUGUCUUGCCUUAUAGGCUUGCCCUGCCUGUGUCUUACCGGGAAGUUCCAUCUCCGCUUCUGGUGUUCAAGGGCUCUUCACAUAUUAAUAUCGCCUUGCCACUCGAAGCUUGAGUUAGUUCCUUCUCAUCAAACCUUUUCUACCGUUGACACUAGCACUUCACUACUACUACCUACUACAACUAUCAUCAAGUACCAACUAUCAACUCAACUAUCAAACUUUGAAAAGAGAAUGGAGACUCAAACUAUCGAGUUCACUGUUGAACAACUUCUCGAUCUACAUAGAUAUUGGAUUACAGAACUGUUUAUCAUGGAUAAAAAGUCUGAAGAGGAAAUCGUCAAUUUGCUUCACCAUCACAAGAUUGAUGUCACGUGCGUACAACAUUCAACGUUACUUGCUCAUUUACUAACAAUGCCUUCACAGUCCGAGCACUCUUCAUUCCUAUCUCUCAAAUUGGAAUCUGCUUACUCCACGUUCGUACCUACCAGAAUAUGCGGAUCAUCGUUCACGGUACUGACCAACUUUGUCUAUUCAGGAAAGAAAUGAUGAUCGCUCUAUCGUUAUCUCACAAGCUCGCAAUUAGUACCUGAGAGCUAGAAGUCUUCGUCUCUCCGCCUCAUCAUCCUGCCAUAACAUCAUUUGCAAUUGAUCAUGCUCAAUGCAAUUACCACUACAUCCACGUCCCGAAAAUCUUUCUCCACGACCAGACUCGAAAGAGUUAGACCAUUUUUGAUCGACAAACAGCCAUCGAUUCUCCUCGCUCGAUCUUCAAGACCACGAACUCAGAGCCUUAGAUCCUAGAAAGGUAAUUGUGGAUCAGAAUGGAAGAAAAACGACAAAACGAGCUUGAAAGUUCCAGUACCAAGGGGAACCAAGGGUGUGUGUUACUAUGAUGAGUCGGAAAAGUGGAGAAGAGUAAUUUGUUUUCUUUUUAUGCUUCAUUCUAAAUUGUUUGCUUUUUCUGCGGUUAUACAAAAUGGGAUUGGUAGUGGGCAAUGGGGUUUCCUUUUCUUUCUCAUUUUAUUGGCGUGUGUUGUAUAUUCCAUGGCUAGCGAUGGGCGAUAGCGAUGGGUUUAAUGACUGCAAAAGGUUGGGCAAUUGGGAUAUGCGGGAUACACAUGGUUCGCAGAUGCCAUGGCGAUGGCAGGAGUACUGCAGUCUGGAGUUUUCUUUAUGAGGUUGUCAUAGUAACAAAUCUGGUUUGGUACAUCUAUAUCCGAAGUUUCCUAUUCGUGCGGCGGAAUUGUAUAGAUAGAUAUCACCCCCAUCUCUUUUCCAUGUUGUAGCAUAGUACACGAGGCUCCUCUAUUUUAGUUUACAAUAGUCCGCUGCAAUGCCAAAUGGAAUCGGUUCACAUCCGCAGAUUGAGGAGGCCCCAACUGCCGUGUAACAAUACUAUCUACUGGAAUCUAGACACCAGUAGCACUACAUGU